UGCUCGUGCUCAGCGCUCCGACUUGAGCGAGCAGAGCUUAGCAGUAGAGCUCACUGCUCAGGCACACAUGAGGAAAGUGCCUCUCACAUGGAGCGCUGACAUGGAGCAGACGCACUCACACAGAUCCAGCCGCGUGGAUGUUUAAACUGUGCGUCAAACGAAGAUCGUCAACGACGCACUGAAGCCAGAACAAGCCCGCAGCUUCGGGAUUAUUCCACAACAACAAUGGCAACACUGCGUUCGUGAGGAGCACCUUGACUCAAGCACCUUCCUGCAUUUGUCCCUCUUUGCGUGUCCUACCGGGCUGACCUGACGUCAAACUCCCAAAAUGGACUGCCCAGAAGCCGUCAUUUCUGUGGAAGAGGGCCGGCUCAGUCCUAAAACUGUCCCAGGGCGCUCUGACCUCAGCGGGCUUUACCACCUUGGGCGGACGCUGGGCAGGGGGCACUUUGCUGUGGUCAAACUGGCACGUCAUGUCAACACUGGUCAACUGGUGGCUAUCAAGAUUAUUAAUAAAACGAAGCUUGAUGUCAUGGCAACAAGCCACCUCUUACAGGAAGUGAGGUGCAUGCGGCGGGUGCAGCAUCCAAACGUGGUGCGUCUUUACGAAGUCAUCGACACCCCGAGCACCCUGUACCUGGUGAUGGAGCUGGCAGAGGGUGGCGACCUGUACGACUACAUCCAGCGCCAUGAUGGGGGCGUGGCCGAGGGCACCGCUAAACGCCACUUCGCUCAGAUUGUCCGCGCUGUGUCCUACUGUCACCGUCUCCACGUGGUCCAUCGAGACCUUAAACCCGAGAAUGUGGUGUUCUUCCCGCAGCAGGGGGCAGUCAAGCUCACAGACUUCGGCUUCAGUAAUCUGUUUCAGCCCGGCACCAUGUUAGCGACGAGCUGCGGGUCACUGGCCUACUCCGCACCAGAGAUCCUGCUGGGAGAGGAGUACGAUGCUCCUGCUGUGGAUAUCUGGUCUCUGGGGGUGAUUCUCUACAUGCUGGUCUGUGGGGUUCCUCCGUUCCAUGAAACCAACGACAGCGAGACUCUGGUCAUGAUCCUGGACUGUCGAUACAGUAUCCCAGAGUACGUCUCCGACCACUGCAAACAAGACCAGUGCUGCAGUGUGAAGUCAAUCCAUACAAUGUCCUCACUCACUUACCCUUUUAACGCCAUGCAGCUCUUUGGACUCCCCCCUGAUGAUGUAGGCAUUACCUCAUGUCCCAGAGACCACUGCAGGUCACAUGUUCUUGUGUGUUUUCUCACUUAACCUUGACUCUUUACACUACGUAUCCAAACCACACAAUGUUCAGCAAAGUCAACAUCAACACCAUUUGGUAAGAGUGGAAUGCCUAAAGUGCUGUGCUCCACUUUUGAUUAUUCAUUACAUGUGUUUAUUUUUUUUACUUAAAGGUGCACUGUGUACCUUUGCAAAUGGAGUGUUUAGCUCCAUGGAGAUAUUUUUGCCUCACCUUGAAUGUUUACAACUAUGGCAUUAAAUGUAUUUAUCUUGCACUUAUUAAAUUACAGGUGUUUUUAUUGCUCAAAAUACCUUGAAAAACACAUUUCUUUUGCAAGCUGGGCCUCGUCUCUACAGAUCUGACCUGUAACUU